AUUCUAUCCGUUACCCUAGUAUCCCAUAACACAAGCCUUAUAGUGCUUACUUUGGGGCUAGGCUAAUUGGUGUGAGUGUUGGAAAUAUUUAUUUAUUUAUUUGAAACUGUUUUUAUUUUUCUAUAAAGUACUUAUUCUAUCUUUUAUUAUUCAGCACAGGAAGGCUUUACAAAAUGUCCAAAAAAAAUAAUUAUGUUUUUUUUUGUUAAAAUUGUCUACUUUUGUUUAAUAAGUUUAUAAUACUUUUGACGGAUUCACAUUUGCCUCUACACAAUUGAAGAAGAAAAAAGAAAAAAUAAUAAAGUUGAGAAGGUAUAUUGAGUUUUAUAUUUAUUGAAAUUCAAACAAUUUAUACUUCAGAUAGAUAUAAAAUCGCAUCUAUGUACUAGUUUAAACUAACGUCUCAAGAUAUUAUUAUAAAAGCGAACUGUCUUCGACUUAUCAAAUUUAUUCAAGCAAUUUUCAGUAACUCACUGUGUUUUAUCGCGUGACUGCGACUACUCUACGAAUACAAAUAUAUCAUAUUUUUAUCUGUGGCUUUUCCAACAGCACCGAUCCUUAACCCAUAUUUUUUGCGCGCAGCGGCGGCGGCGCGGGCGCAGCGACACGACGAUAAAUUAGAUGCGUUGAAGUGUUUGUGUUGUGGCGUCUUGCGCGCUGUCGGCGCGCGCACAUACAUUAGCGCACAAUACCGCGGGGGGCGCCAUUGUGUCCUCACAUCACACUCGUACAACUGCACCCUCCUCCUCCCCCUCGCGGGAUGACCCCACACGCCCGCGCACGGAAACGGAACCACCCUCUCCAAAACAACUGCCUAAACCACCACUCCGAAAUCCGGCGAACAAAAAAACGACGGGCGGCGCUCGACUGCCGAACAACCGGACGAAAAGGAAUGAACGAAUUGACCGAGCGGCGAACAAGCAGCAACCAGUCUGCAGAGAGCGCUUUGAGGGGUGACAUGUGUCGAUUCGUCCGCUCCGAACAGCUGAUUGCGCUCGCGUCUUUGAAAACGGAUGCAUAAUUUACAAAAUAAUAAGUUAUAGUAUCUACAAUCAAUAUUAAUUUAUAGUUUAUAAAUAAUAAUAGUGACUUAACUGUGUAGUGAUAUAUUUAAAGACAAAUACAGUGGUGUUUCAAAACAACUUUAAUGAUGGAUGAGUGGCAAGCGCACUCGAAGUUAUAGAUGCGCGGUGCACCAGCGAGACCGCGAGGUCAGUUCCGAGAACGACUUCCAUCUACUCCUCGAAGAUCCUACUCUAUUUGCCAGGAUGGUGCACUUAGUAGCAAUGGAGAUGCUUCCAGAGGAGCGGGACCGCAAGUAUUACCAGGAGAGGUAUACAUGCUGCCCACCGCCCUUCUUCAUAAUUUGCGUCACACUGCUGGAGCUGGGCGUAUUCGCGUGGUACGCGUGGGGCUCCGGCGGCAUGGCGGCAGCCGCGGGCCCUGUGCCCGUGGACUCGCCCCUGGUGUACCGGCCUGACAGGCGGCGGGAGCUGUGGCGCUUCCUCACCUACAGUGUAGUGCACGCGGGGUGGCUACACUUGGCAUUCAACCUCCUCGUCCAAUUAGCCGUGGGGUUGCCUUUAGAAAUGGUGCACGGCGCGGUGAGAUGCGCAGCUGUUUACCUAGCGGGCGUACUGGGCGGUUCCUUGGCCGCGUCCGUGCUGGACCCGGACGUGUGUCUUGCGGGCGCGUCGGGCGGAGUAUACGCGCUGCUGGCGGCGCAUCUCGCCAAUGCGCUGCUGAACUUCCACGCGAUGCGAUACGGCGCCGUGAGACUGGUCGCCGCGCUCGCGGUCGCCUCCUGCGACGUCGGCUUCGCGGUCCACGCCAGAUAUACUAAGGAGGCGCCACCUGUAUCGUAUGCCGCGCACGUAGCGGGCGCCCUCGCCGGUCUCACGAUAGGGCUGCUCGUACUAAAGCACGCGCAGCAGCGGCUAUGGGAACGACUACUCUGGUGGGCGGCUUUAGGCGCUUACGCAGCGUGUACCCUGUUCGCAGUGCUGUACAACGUGUUCAGCGGGCCCGUCGACGAGAUGCACUACAUGCCCCCCGACCCUCCGCCCGACGUAUCCGGCUUCUGAUUCGUCAACGCGUCGAUUGUAGAUUGUUUUUAACGGGAGCGAACGUCCGCCUUCUAAACUCCGUGUGGGCUUCGACUGUCGGUUGCUUUUCUUAUCGCGUAUGUACAUGCCGCCCGACGUCGCUGACUUCUGAUUCGUGAACGCGUCGAUUGUUUUUAACGCGAGCGAACGUCCACCUUCUUAGCUCCGUGUAGGCUUAGACUGUCGGUUGUUUUUCUAAACGCGCGCGUAUGGCCUUUUAUAUAGCGAGCGGGCCCGUCGACGAGAUGCACUACUUGCCGCCCAAGGUUGUCGGCUUCUGAUUCGUGCAGUGCGACUCCGUUUAGGCUUCAAUUGUUUUCUUAUAAUAGUCUGCCUUCUUUAAAGCUCCAACCCAAUGGACACUUCGAUUUUCGACUGUUUUUUAACGCGAGCAUAUGUCCGCCUUCUUUACUCCGUAUAAGAUUCGACUGUCAAUUGCUUUUUUUUUUUAACGCGAGCGUACGUCUGCCUUAUCAAUAUAGCUAGCGGGCCUAUCGAUUUGUUGCAAUAUUUGCUGCCCGACGCGUCCGGCAAUUGGUUCGUGCAGAGGAACUCCGUGUAGUCGAUGUCAUGUUCGAUCGACGAGUUGCAAUACAUGUCGGCCGGCCGAUGUUUGAGACUUAUGAUUCGUAAAACACAACUCCGUAUAGGCUUCGACUGACGAAUCAUUGAAAAGCAAUCGUACGUUUUACCUACCUAUAGUGAUAUGGCGAUACUUCAUUUUUGUGUUGAUUUAUUGAAAUAGCCAAUUUUUUAUUACAUUCUUACCUUCGUUUUGUUUCGCCAAGAUCUGGUAGGGUCGAAGCCUAAAAUCUCGGAAUCGGUACGACCAUUCACAACACGCCUAGUCAAUUUACCUUAGUGUGAUUCGCUGUAAGUAGCAUUAUUGUUUGAGGAGGUUGCGCAGGUCUACUCAGUACACGACGUGUAUUAUGUCUAUACCGAUGAAGAUUUAAGAAUCUUUGUGUUUAUUUUUUUAACCUCGAUAUUGUUGUUGAUUUUCAGUGUCUGUAGAUAAUAUUGCAUGGCCUCCUCGUUAUCGUUAAGUAGGAUUAAUUGUAUCGAAUAGGUGAACUAUUUUUGUACCUAUCUGCGUUCGUAGUUGUCUAUGUCGAUGGCGUUACCAUUAUCUCGACACAACAUUUAUAAUUUCCGCAUGGGCUUAAUUCUGGGCUGAAUGUCAUGUAAUCCAAACAUAUAAAUGUUUUAUAUUAGAAUGAUUGUUGCUUAUAUGUGAACCUAUUAUCGUGGCAUUUAGUCCAGUAAGUCAUGGUACUGACGCCCAAACACCAAAGAUUAGGAUAAAAUGUGAUCCAUUACUACUCAUAUGAACGAUAGCCUAAUUUCACAGCUCACAAUUAUAUCUCAUUUCGAUACUAAAUAGAAUAUUUCAUAUUUUGCUCAGAAGAAAAAUACUAUAAGUAUGUCCUCAAUAUUGUUUUUUUUGCAUGAUUUAUAUAUAAGUAAUGUUGUGUAAAUUGCUCAACUGCUGAUUAUUUUAUUGAAUUAAUUGAUUGUGCUCAAAAGAGAUUUUCUUUUAUUGAAUCAAUUUGUAACAACGUAUUAUUUAUUUAGAUGAUCAUUAAUUUUUGUAAUGUCAAUUGGUCCAUUCCCAUUAGACCACUAAUAAUUACUUCAGCUUAUAGCAAAAUAACUCACUAGCAUAGAUUUGUUGUAAUAAUAAUAAUGUGCCUGAUUCCUAUUAUAAUAAAUUUCAUUGUGUACUUUUAAUUUUAAUCAAAUUAUUUCAUAAAACGACUGAUUUUUUGUAUAAAUUAUUGCAGUGUUUUCAUUUAAUUUAUUAUAUAAAAUUAUUUUAAGUGUGGAACGAAAUAAUAAUUAUGUGAUUAUAUGAAUGAAAAAUAAUGAUGAAUAAUUAUUAAAAGCGAUUUGAAACAAAAACUGUAUUUUAUUGCUGUUUAAGUUUCUAUUCUAAUAAUAACUAACAUUAUUUAAAGACAUAAAUCUCAUUUCAUGAGCUGCCAAGUUUAAAUAACUUAAAUCAAUAAGCCAAAAUACUAAAAUAACAACAGUAUUUAUCGCAUUCAAUACUAUAUCAUUUUACAUUUAUCAGGUACAUAUCAAAAUAACUAUAUUAAAGAAAAUUUUAACUUACUCCGAACUUAUUGAAUUAAAUAAAUUUUGAUUGGUUCCAUUGCAAUAUUUAGAAGUAGGUACGAAAUAAACCUACUGUUGCUUUCACCCACAAAGGAGUCUCCCGCCUCUGUAGUUCGUUACUACAUUCUGCAGAGUAUUUAUGUAGUUUUGAGCAUUCUUCAUGAAGUCGUUUCUGUAACAAAGGAGUAUUGCUGCAGUUUAGAAACUCACAUGACUUUCAGUCACGGCUCAGUCAAGAUACUAGAUGCAGUCACCAAUCGCCGUCGCUAGUGGCACUUUCAUUAGCCUUUAUUUAAAUCCAAAGUACACUUUAAGAACUAAAGGGAUACAUUUUAUAUCAAACCAUUACCUACAUAUAUAGCGGCGUAUAUCAUUCCUUUUCCUAUUCCAUUCAAAAACUCAAAAACUAUUAAAAUGAUGUUCUUUUAAAGGUGCGGACAUAGACUGAAAUACUAAAAAAAACGAGCGAGCCUUAUAGUAGUCGCGUAUGAUGUGUAACAUUUGAAACCUCACCUUAUAUUAGUAAAAAAAGAAAUAAAACCUACUAAAAAAGGAAUAAGCCAUUUGAACAUUAUGUUCUAAAAUCAAAUCAAGUAGCGCGCGCUAUCGCGACUUCCUGUUACAUACUUCCGUCCCAUUUCAAAAAUCACUCCCACAAAUUGCAACAAAGCGAGAGGAAAGACGUUACACAUCAAAAACGUAAAAAAAAUAUCAAAACAUGCCAAAACGAAAACCGUGUGUGCGCGUGAUGCGAGCGACAAUACGCGGCUACUUCCGCAACAUGUGGCCGAGUUUGCGCCGAUACUUACUAUACAAAAUUUAUGAACAAACUCGACCGCAGCUUGUGGUCCUCAAUAGUGGCUCGGUUGCGCUUAAUUUUAAAAUUAUUUGACACGGGCCAUAACACCGCUGGCGCCCUCUAUACUGACCUUGACGUGUGGAUAAGCAUUGAAAUGCUAAAGAGACUUGUAUAUUUUACUGUGCUAGCUCUUGUAGCUUGCUAGUGCAAUUUGUAGACUAUUACUAACGACUAUUACCUGCAAAUCAGGAGACACAGUAAAGAUAGCUGCUUGUGCUUCGAGAUCUCGGUGCACCGAUCUUUCACCUAAAUUAGCAGAACCCACAACUGUUGCCCAUGGCACAUCCAUCCCUGGCGGAUAGUACCUGAAAAUAUAUAUAUUAAUAAAACAUUACAAAAUUACGUAUUCGCAGAAAUUCAAUCCUUUUUAGGGUUUCUAAGUCAACAAUGAGCCUUUGACGUUUUAUUAAUGUCCAUUCGUCUGAAGCUUAGGUCUAGGAACUGGGAAGUUGUAAUAUGGGAUAGAUAUGAGUCAUGCUGACAAUGGUAAAAAAAGGCAUGAGAAAAUUUUCGUACACACAACACAAAUUUUCGUAUACACAACACAUAUACAAAAAAUAACAUGUACCUACAAAACUCCACAAAAAAUAACUUCAAAAAUUAUACAUACAAAGUGAUUUUGAAUUUAAUAUGAAUAAAUUAGUUACCAUAAACCUUUUGCAUGAAAAGUCCACCCUGGCCUCUCAUAUUCUAACAUUUUCACUCUGCUUGCUUGAUUAUAACUUAAAACCUUUUCCCAAAAUCUGAAAUGUUACAAAAUAUUUAAUAGCAUGACAAUCAUUGUAUUAAUUCACACACCGCGAAUUUUGAGUUACCUGACAUACUUAUAAAUUUUAUUAACAAAAAUAGUGAGAACAGUUAUUGUAGUAAAUAGUAAUAGUGUUAAAAACAUCACAUGAAUUUUGUUUGGUAGAAGAGAGAGAUAGAAGACCUCUGCUUAGGUUGGCUCCCUCUUUCUCCUAUAUCAUAGAUCGUUUUUCGCUAUUUCAUGCGGUUUUUUUAUAUUCUGUGGCUUAACAAGACUUCUAGACUGAUUCCUUUGCUUGCCUUUUGGAAGGAACAAAAAGGAAGAAAAUUUUAACAUCACUUCACAACGUAAUUUUUACCUACAAGAUGAGAAUUUAGUAAUCUCAAUUAUUUACAUGUUAAACUUAUAAGUUUAACAUGUAAAUCAUUACUAAUAAUUAUUAAUGCAGGAGACAUAAGUUUGCCGUGGAGAUGUCUGUCGGCCUGUUUGUUUAAUUUCUUUAAAAAACGCUAUAGGUGUUUUUUUUUAUACUUUAGAAAAUUUUAUAUUGGACCAUGAAAUAAUCCUUUGUCAUACAGACAUUCAACUCAAUGCAUAACAAAGAUGCAGUGGGGACAGUAAGCGCAUGUUAAUGAAUAUAUACCAAUAAGGACAAAUUGGAGAGGGAAAACUUUUCCAUUAUAUAAAAUUCAGUUAAAGAUUAUAAAAACAUGAUGGUAAUUGGACCUAGCUUCUAAAUUCAAGAAAAAUCUUUGGCAAAUAGUUGAAAAUUUCAAUAUACACAUAUAAACAACCCAAAGUGAGUUUGGAUUUUGCUUCAACCCCCCUUGUCAUUAAUAGUUCAAUACCCUACCGGCGAGUCUAUUGAGGUAGGUCUGGCGCCCGAGUACUUUUUUAAAUUUUAUUUGACAUAUAUUGUUUUCAGUUUAAAACAAUUUUUGUAUUUCCCACAUAAAAACAUCUUUUUUAAAUGACAUUAUAAACAGUAAAAAUACUAAACUGCUAUACAAAAAUGUUGUUUUAAAUUACGUGGAUACUAUAAGUAUCCUAAUUUGUUAGAGAUUCAUAAUUAUCAUGGAGAUGCAUCUAAAAAAGUUUUUUUUUCGCAAAUCUAAUUACCUACAUUGUUGUCUGAAUUGGUUAAUAAAUUUUCUCAAGUAACUCAAAUUCAUGUUAAAAAAAAGGUACAAAAUCUUAUUCUUAACAUUUGAUGCAGGUUGAAUCUUAAUUCAAAAAACUAGAUAGCAGAGGUCAGUUGUGUAGCGCAAUAUAAUGUUUAGUUGAGACAUCCUAAGCAAUGCCACCAAUAAUAUUAAAUACAUUUUACUGUGAAUGUGUAAAUAAUAGCGAAUCCCAUAGAUAAUUAAAAUUGCUUUUAUGAUUUGAUGCACACGUCUGUGAUAUAAUGAAUCCAUCUGUCAUCCAUUUUGCAGCCUAAGAGUAGAGAAAAUAAUAAAAUAUAAUAAUUUGACAGCAUACUUCCUAGCUAUAAGUGAGUAGGCAUGCGGUAUUCCUCCAGCUGGGCCAGAGGCACCCAUAAAUCCAUUGGCCUGAAACCAUUUAAAAAAUAUUUUAAAAGAAAAUCAAGCUUAAUUUGUUUAUUAAAUUCAUGCAGCUAUGAUAAACGAUAAGAAGAUAAACUUGUUUUACUUACAUUUGGAUGCGCCAUUAAUAAACUUAUGCUUGCCUUACAACCUCUUAACAAGGUACUAGCAUAUUGUUCUGUCAGAUUAAAGUAACCAGUAGCUAGUCUAAUAUAAGAGCCUCUAGGAGCACAACUCAGUAUACCAUGUGUAACCUGUUCAUCCUGAGUAAUAUUGAAUUCCCCCAUUUGUAAUAAAGGAAACACCCAUGUGUCAGCAUCAUCUGAAGAUGAAAAUGUAAUAUUUCUGUGAAGUAAUAUCUGCUUAAAAUACACUUGCAUAGUUUUUUGUUAAAAUUAAUGCUUUUCAAACCUGAAUUGGUUGAAACAGUCAUAGAUGCAAGCUUAGUAUCUUGAAUAUUUUGCCAUCUCUCAAUUAAUUGAGUGAUUCCAUUGGUCACAUUUUGAACUGUAAAUCCUUUUUUAUUAUUUAUCAAGUUAUUUUUCUCACAUCUCUUACUAUAUUUACUGAUUUCAUCUGCAAAAUUAUAGUAAAAAACAUUAAUUAAAUAUACAAGAAUAUGCUUUAGGUUUGAUUUGCCAUAAUAAUAAUAUAUUGAAAAAACUAAAGUUUAAAUGAUAUCUAACUUACAGUCAUCAUACCUAUAACAUCACUAUAAAAAUUUGCUAUAUCAGCAUCUUGAAUUUCUAUAUAGCGGUCCUGACGUUGAUGAAAAUAAUCAUUGGAACAAUUAGCACCACUCAACAAUACUGAGUCAUCUGCAAUAUAUAGCUUCAUGUGUUGUAAACCAACAAUUUCAUUGUAACGUGCUGGCAAAACUUUUGACCAAGAUCCAUGUAAUCGUGGUGUUUGAAAAAGUGUGAUGUUACACUGAUCAGGAACAUCAUUUACAAAGUCUUGAAGAACAGUUUUUGAAUUUAUUUCACCGCGUGUACCUCUCUGAUAGUCUACAACAACAGUGAACUUCAGAUUUUUCUUCAUCAUAACAUUUUCCUUAGUGACAGCUAACAACUUUCUUUCUAACGUCCCUGUGCCUAUGUAGAGGCUAGCAAUAGAUAUUCUACGAUUAGCAUUUUGAAACCUUUCACAUAACGUAUCAUAAAAACUCCUAGGAUCAUUCAUAAUAUUAAUUUUUGAAGCAUGAACAGGAAAACAUGGAGCUAUUCCAUACAACCAGUUAAAGUAACGAAAUUCUGUUGGUUUGAAGCGUAAACUAAGAUUGCUGUUUCUCAUCAUAUUGAGUAAACAAUAAGAAAUUCUGAUAAUGUGGAAAGACUAGUAUUUUUAUAACUUUCCUUCGAUAAUUCCAAAUUAUUAGAUUUCGCGAUCAGCGACACUGACACC